AUGACUCGCAUAACGGAUUCCAACAAUAAAUCGUCGUCGACGACCAUCAAGUUUCUCUAUAGCUACGGCGGCAAGAUUCAGCCACGUAAGAUAGACGGCAAGCUUCGUUACGUCGGCGGCCAUACCAGAGUUCUCGCCGUCGACCGUUUUGUCACGCACGCAGAGCUGAUUGUUAAGUUCUGGGAGGCCUGUGGAUUUUCCGUCAAGUUGAAGUGUAAGCUGCCGACCGAAGAUCUCGACGUGUUGGUGUCUAUUACUGGCGAUGAGGAUCUCGCAGCUGUAUUAGAGGAGUACGAUCGAGUUUCUCCAGAUGUGAAGAUCAGAGCUGUUCUUUUCCCCAUCGAUUCGUUGAAGACAAUUUCUCCUGUUUCAUCUGUUGCUUCGCUUGUCGAUUUUCCUGUCGCAACACCGCUGCGGGAUCCAGUUGUGGCCAAUUAUAACGCAAUUACGCUACAACGUCCGUUCUCAGCCUUCAAGUUCCAUGGUUUUCCGGUUGCUAAUCCUCCGUUUGCCGUUCUACCGGUGUUAAUGGCGAUAUGCGGCUUCUUUAAUUUCCAAGGAUGUAAUCAUGGCGUCAUUCUCUUGGAACAAGUUGAUUAUAAGACGGGUGCACCCACAUGGUUUAGUAUUAAGCUUCAUCAUGGUGGGAAAUUUACUAAGUUACCUGAUAUAAAGUACAUCAGAGUGAUAUACUACCAUUUUAGGAUACCUAAUGGUGACUUUCAAUUUGGUCUUAGAGCUUUAGGGAAAGAUCAAGAUGUGAUCAACCUUUCUAAAUACAUUGCACAUAACAAGCUGAUUGAGGUGUACAUAGAGAAUGGGAAGACAAAUAUACUGACUUACUUCAUGUCUCCAAAUGCAAAGGGUAAAGUUGUCAUUGAGGAAUUACCAGAAAACGAUGAUCAAGGGGCUGAAGUUGAGGGUCAAGUUCAUGUAGAAUCUAUCGAAAAAUAUGAACCAUGUUAA